AUGUCAACUUGUAAUUCCUACAAUCUCGAUAAUGUUUUCAAAAGAUUCAAAGUUGUAGAAUUUCCGCUAUCUUAUGUUGGUCUGUCUACAACACGAGAAUUGGAUGUGGAAAUCGACCUUAAAACAUCAGCAUAUCUCAAAACGUUUUGCGAAGGAUGCUUACUGAAAUUUGAUGAGGCAUACGAAAUAUCUGCAUCGCAUAGAGCAUUUCUUAUUUCGCUAAUAGACAGCCAUACUAUUAAAAUAGCUUUCACACCUAAAAAUGAAUGUAUAUCAAAAGCAAGACAUUUCAAAAAUUUUGAUAAUAGAUUUGUGUUUGACUUGAGAUUAAUAAGAGCAGACGGAAGUCGUUGUUGCUAUGAUGAAUUUCAUUCAGAAAUUGGUAGAUACUACAUAAGUGGUCAAUUCGAAGAUUGCAAAGUUUUCCAUACACCAGAGACGCUAAAUUUUGGAAAUGUUAUUAUAAAUACCAAAAUGUCAAAAUACAUAAGAAUACGCAACGAAUCUUGUAUAAUGAGUGCUAAAAUGCAGUAUGUCAGAGUCACUGGUUUUGAGGUCACGCCUGAAAAUUUCACUAUAUUACCGAACACUUCUGCAAAAGUUUCCAUAACAAUAAAACCUACAUGUCUAAAAGUAAAAAAUAAUAUUCAGUUCAAAAUUAUUAACCCUCAUGAUAGUUUUAUGAAUAACACCUCGGGAAAUUUUAUCACCUACGUUGUUAAUUUUCAAUUAAAUAUAACUUAUCAAAAAUUAUCGAAACAAAUAUCAGUUGAAUCAUUGCACUUACUAAAUGAGCAGAAUGCUAUUUAUACUUACGUUGGUAAUGAGAGAAAAGUUAAAAAACUUCGAAAGGAGGCAGCGCUAAGAUAUCUUGAAAUAUCAAAAAAGUCGCAUGUGAAAAAAUCUAAUUUGGAAAAAUACAGCAGUAAUAACGAAUAUUGCCAUAUAAGUUCUAUAAGCUGCAAACCCACUAAAAACUUUUGCGAAACACUUGAAGAAAAUGCUACACUAUAUGAUCUCUUUCUUAUUCGAUUUGUUCCAUUUGUUAUAGAUUUUGGAAGAGUUGGUUUAUCUACGUAUGGUGAAAAAACCCUAUUAAUACAAAACUGUACAAAGUACGAUAUCACCGUUCACCUUUUAAAAAAUAAUUGCAUACUUUAUACAGAAAACAAAGUAAUUACUUAUAAAGUAAAAGUGAAAUCAUUUACAGAAAUAUGUAUAACCAUAUUAUGUCAUGGAUAUAUCGAAGGAAGUUUCGAUGGAACAUUUGAAUACAUGAUCAAUAAAAAAUAUUGUCGAAAACACCCUUAUACGCUACAAGUAGGUAACCCGGCAUUAAUGGUAAAUGAAAAGAGUUUAAAAUUUGGUAUGGUAACGACAGAAAGUUUUGUUACCUCUGUGCCUUUAAGAAUUUAUAACAAUUAUAACAUAUCAGCCAUGUUUAAAUGGGAUAACUUACUGCCAGACACUCCAUUUGAAAUAAUUCCAAAUACGGGCACAAUUCCAGGACAUUCUUGCAAGAUAUGCGAAGUUCAGUAUGUUUGCAAACCUACAAAAACGAAAACUCACGAGGUAAAUUUAUUUUCCCUGAGUACAGUCACUAGAACUAUACCUCUAGAAUUAAACAUAAUUACGCGUAAACUAUCAAUAAAAUUUUUACAAGCAGCGGUAGUAUUUAAAGAUAUCGCCUUAAAUUUGGAAACGAUAGAAAGGGUAAAACUUGAAAAUUCUUCGAGAGAAAUUGCUUUAUUUCACGUCGUAGAGCCUUUAAUACCUGGUUUUAGAAUAGAACCAAUGUUUGGUUCUAUAAGACCUAAAACGGUAAUGAAUUUUAAUAUAAUUGUUAAAAUUACAUGUAUUUUAGAAUUUGCUUUUGAUAUUAGUUUGAAAAUAAUUAAUAAAGAAAAUGUAAUCUUACCUGUAAGUGGAAAUGUGGUGGAACCAAAGAUAAUAGUUCACCCGAAGAAUAUAUAUAUGGCUAGAGUACCUUGUCAUAUGAUAACCUAUGUACCUGUAACGUUUCAAAAUAUUAGCACAUUGAAAACAAUCAUUGAUGUAUUAGAUACAAGUGAUGAAAAUAUUUUUAAUGUAUACGUGGCAGAAGGCAAUGAAAAAAAAAGAAUAUUCAGAUUUAUAAUUGAGGGAGGCCAAUCCAAGACCGUCUUCAUAAAAAUUUACGAUAUUUUUCGACGAGAGUAUGAAAUGUAUAUCCCUUUUAAAGUAAAUGACUUAUUAGGGCCGCCAAACAAUGAUACAAGCUCCACUGAAUUAAAAUAUUAUAUUGAAGAAUAUGAGAAGUCCUAUGAAAAUAAUUUAAAAGUUAAAAUUAAAACUGUAACUAAAGAUAUAACGUUUUGCCGAAUGACAGGUGUUAUAACAGUGCCGUGGAUUAUUUUUUCUCUUGACAAGUUUGAACUCGAUUUUAUGCCGAGUGGAGAUAAUACCAUCGAUUUUAGUAUGACUAAUAUUUCAAAAUAUUACUUGUAUGUGACUAUUCUUACAUCAAAACUGGCCCCUAAUUUCAGUUUGAAUAUACAUACUGUAGAACGUGAGUUUAUUAUAAAUGAAAGUCAAAUAAAAUUUGAAUUAGACUGUGAAAACCAAGCAAGUUUUACUUUAAAAUUUCAUCCGAAAGAUCAUGGUAAAUUUGUAGCCAUUGCCUUGUUAUAUUUAGAUAAAGAAAUGUCUACACCUUAUUAUAAUUUAACCUUUGUUGGCAAAAGGCAGGCGCCAGCUAUGAUUCCAGAUACGUACAGAAUUAUUUUUGCACCGUGUUAUAUAGGUGAAAAAGAUAUGCGAACACUCAAGAUUAAAACAGAAGGGCAAUCAGAGAAAGAAUUAUUUACUUGCAAUUCAAAAGAAGAACCAAAUCUAAAUGUGGAAAUCGUAAAUGCAGAUUUAAUUCAAGAAGAAGGAAUUUAUUUUACUGUAUUGACUGCGCAAAUUUCAGUUUCUUGUCAAACAUGUUAUGCGAGUAAUACAAUGUUAAAUUUUCAACAUAACAACGGAUCAGGAUGUGAAGUAGAAGUCUGUUUUUGCUUUACAUAUUGUGCAUUGACUUUACAUACACAGAAGUUUGUGAAACAGAAUAAUAAUCCCUAUCCAUAUUAUCCCCUAAAUACUCAAAGUGAUUUAUUUAACUAUAUGGAAACAGGUACCACAUUUUUAGAGAAGUGGAUGUUUCAACAAGGAUUUCGGAGGGAUUUGUUUCCAACAAUUCCAGACACAUUCCAUGCAAUAUCUUCGGGAAUUUCAUCUCAACAAGGUGCAACAAAAUCAAAAGGAAUAAACGUUUCAUAUCUUAAUUUUUUGAGGAGAAUUGCAGGCCCGCUAAUGAAACACGUACGUAAAAUUAAUGCUGUUGGAGUUGAUGAUUCAUUCAAAUGUGUUAAAGAGAUUCAUGAUACUUACCGAGAAAUAAUAAACUUAUUGAAGUCACGAGGAGCUAACUUAUGGACUUUACAAGCAACUUUUCUUUUAAGUUACGAUCAAUUUGUCAUUUAUUCUGAAAAUGUUACCGCAAAGUGUAAUGCUGAUAUUAUUUUUACCCAAAAUCUCAAAGAAAAUGUGGCACUAUUUGAUAGAUUAAAUAAACAAAGUUGGUUUGAUUUUAUUUUGCAAAGCUACAAGGUAUUUGUGAUGGACAGUUGUUUCUUCGAAUGUAUUUGCAUGAGCUCCCAGCCUCGAGAUAUUAUCAAGAUAUUAAUUGACUGGUAUAAUGAAAAUAUAGCAUUACAACAUAUAAAGCUUCGAGGCAAAGAUAAAGGAAUUAAAAUCGUAACAAAUAUAACCACUGAUUUAUCUGACGGCAUAGCUAUAAUAUCUGUAAUAUUACAUUACUGCCCGUUUUUGGAAGAACAUUUUCGGCAAUUCUGUGUAAUAGGUGACUCUGAAGGUGAUAUAAUUAAUAACGCAUGUCUCAUAAUAGAGGCAACAAAUUUAUUAAGACUUUAUUUUCCACUAAAUAGUAAAGAUUUUACUCAACCAAAUUUUCUACUUAUGCUAUUUCUUUCUAUACAUUUAUAUGUCACGUUACCUAUGUUCAAGCCAAGAGAUUCGGUUCAAUUUAAGCCACCUCUAUUGAGGAGUUCGUCUAGACAAGUCGUUAUAAACCCUACAGGGCAAGAAUCAUUGAUAUUUAACUAUACCCUAUUAAACAAUAAAAAAAAUAGUUUUUCCGUAGAGAAAGCUUCUUCCGCCGAUAAUGGCAAAAAAAUGCAUCUUAACGUUAAAUACACAGCAAAUUUUGUUGAAAAAGAGUCAGCAAUACUAUUGAUUCAUGGUUAUAAUAAAACAAGGAUAUUUGACACAUAUAUCGUGUUCUUGCUUCAUGGAUACGUAGGGUCACUUUAUCCGACAAGGAAGUGUAAAGUAACAGGGCCUUUGUACAGACCCAACAAAGUAGACAUUUUGGUAGCAUCACCAUUUUUAGUAACAGCUUUGUACAAGCUAUAUUUAAUGGAUGAAGAACCGACCAUACCAAUUAGAUAUGACGAUAACUCAAGAUUGAGAUUUUGUGUAAAACGUCUGUGUCUAAUUGACAAGGAAAUUACUUUAGUUGGUAUGCCUAAAGAAACUGGGCAGGAAAUACCAGAUCAUAAACUACAUUUACAAAUUAUGUGCCUCAGUACGCAAAUAAGCAACUCUUGGAUAUGGUUUAGAAGUGAGGCAGGGGAAUUUUAUGUACGAGUGACAACGCAGCCACGUUGGGACCUGGCUAUAGAUACUUUACAAACAAAAGUGCAAGCAUGGCCUUUAGAUCCCUGCAGUUGCGGGGAAGCCUGUGAAUGUUAUCGAACGACUGUUUUGAUGAUACCUCAUAGAAACGAACUAAUGUUAAAAUCACUGAGAUAUGCUCUUGUUGAAAAUGCUUCAGAAGUAAUGAUUCAAGUUUACGACCAACUUAUUGAAACUGCUACGGGUAAAAUAAUCUUGAGUAUGCUACUAGAGGAAGGUGGAACAAAUUUGUCUGAAGUGCAACAUAUACUACGCAGUGAUACAACUUACCGAAUUACAUCCAGAGCGCUCCACCCUAGACUUGAAAGAGCAACAUUAGCUCAGCACACAGGAGCUCUCCUAGCACUACCCGUAACCAUACCCGCUCAAGACAAGGCUGAAAAAUACUCUGUUACCUUCACAUCUGAAUGUGGAAUGGAUAUUCGCACUUAUAGAGUUUUAUUUAUCGAGUCCUACAGCGAAUAAAAUACAUGGCAAUGGUGCCAA